AUGGACAUAGAUGCUCCCAGCGACGUCGCGACCGAGCUUAGCGUCCCCGCCUACUUCUUCUUACCCUCUAGGGCCAGCGACCUCGCCGUGUUCCUCAACCUUCCCUACUACUACCCCAUCGUGCCGUCGUUCUGGGAGAUGGGCAAGACUACGCUCGUGCGCUGCUUCCCGGGCAUGCCGCCGAUCCGCGCCGUGGAUAUGUUGCAGUCAAUCCACGACAAGGAGAGCGACGCGACCAAGGUCCAGCUCUACUAG